CGGGCCGAGUCAGUUGCAUUUCAAGAUGCUGCGCUUGCUGAUCUUGCUGGCUACCGGAGUGGCUCUAGGGAUCUUUAUUCUGGGCUGCCAGGCCGAAUGCAAUGCCUGUUCGACCGCAAGCAAUGUGUCCUGCGCAUCCAACACAACGUUCCAGUUCUGCUCGGAUGACAGCGUGCCUAUACAACCGGCCUACUCCUGCCCCUCAGGGUACUAUUGCACCGCGACCACCGUGAUUUGUAGCAAGAGUGUGGCCCUCAGAGCCUGCAACUGCGGAUCGUGCAACGAUUACUUUGCUUGCCUCACAGAUCGGACCUAUGCCCUGUGCCUGGGAUCGAGCUCGCCCUCCCAGCUCGGCGGCAGCUGCGGCUCGGACCAUGUAUGCGACUCGACCAGUCCGUAUAUCUGUGUCAAUGCCACUUCCGGGUCCCAGCCCACUUGUCCCGCUGGCAGCGAUACGAGUCCAGGCGGUGUAGACCCCAUCGGACUGACUCCCACUGCAUAUUGUGGCAUCAUCCAACAGACUGGAAAGUUUCCCUAUGGCAUCGAUCCGGAAACCACCUGCAGGCAGUACAUUUCUUGUACUGUGAAUGCCACCAGUCUGAUCUGGAAAGGAGCUCUCAACGAUUGUCCUGGCCUUACUUAUUACGACAGCUCCACAAAGUACUGCACCACUAAAUUGCCACCCAGAUGCAGUGCUGGAGUCGCCACUUUAAGUCUCAGCAAUCUGUAUCUAUUGUAAUUUCGGUUUUAGCUUAUCUGUAGAUACUGUAAAAUAAUUUUCUCUGAAUUUUUGUUUGCAUUUU